UGGAACACAUAAAUCCCCACACCUGGAACGAGCAUGUGUCGCAGCUAUGAGCGAUUACUCAUCUGGCAAGGCGAUAGCAACAGCUGAAUCCCCAAAAUCAUCCUCACAUCGCCCUAAGUCCAGCAAAUUCCGCUUCAAAUCUCGCAAACGCACUCACUCACCAUCCAACGACCUCGCUGCGCAUCCCCACCGAAAACGCUCUCACAGAUUAGAUAAAGAACCCAGUCAUGGAUCAGAGCGCUCUCCCAGCCCUCGACGACGCCAUCGCCACCACCAUCACCACCGCCACAAGUCAAAGAACUACCCCGAUUCGUCACCCUAUUCACAUCUCAAACACUCACCCUCGCCUUCCUCCGAGUACCGCGCACAUGUCGCCGACUCACUCAGCAACGAUGAUAGCCUUCCCCCAGAUGCUGCGUUCCGCGAAUCGCUCUUCGAUGCCCUGGCCGAUGACGAGGGUGCGGCGUACUGGGAGUCGUUCUACGGACAGCCCAUACAUGUAUACGGUCGCCCGGGGCAAGGAGACCACAACAGCAGGGAUUCUCGCGGGGCACAAGGAGGACAGGGGGAACUCGAAGCGAUGACGGACGAGGAGUAUGCCAGCUAUGUACGUGCGCGUAUGUACGAGCGCACACACCAGCAUAUCCUCGAGGAGCGUGCAAGACAAGAGGAAGCACGAAGGGCCAGGAGAGGAGAAGAGAAGCGUGCGCGGGCGUCACAUUCGCACCAUGCUGACGAUGCAUUUAGUGCGCGCGUGGACGAGAGUUUGAGGAGAGGCCAAGAACGGAAAGACCGCGCAAAAUGGAGGGAUGCUUGGGCCGGGUAUCAGGCUGGGUGGGAUAAGAUCAAGGGCGCCGCUGGUGCGGAGCAAGAGGAGAGAGUAUCGCUGCCCUGGCCGGUACAGUCGGGCAAGAUGAAACAUGUUUCACCGGACAAUGUCAAGGCAUUCAUGGAACAUGCACCGCAUGGGAUGGCACAGAUAGCGUUGCUGAAGACAGAGCGUGUACGGUGGCAUCCGGAUAAAGCUCAGCAGCGCUUCGGUGGCAGAUUGAAUGAAGAGGCGUUGAAAGCUGUAACUGCGGUGUUCCAGAUAUUGGAUCAGAUGUGGAACGAGCUGAAGAAAUCUGAUUAGCCUGACAUUAUACUCGCAUGGCAUUUUACAUAGAGAUACCCCAUAGAAGAACAACAACACUGUUUCC